AUGGCUUCCACCAUGGCCGCCAAUGCAAACAACGUACACAACGUACGAUCCAACCGAGCCAAUAUGGGUUCAUCUGGCAUGAACGGUGAUCGCUCUCGCGGUUCGAACAACGGUGUUGGGAAGGGAUUCGGAAAAUCGAGCUGGAACAGUAACAUCUGGGGUGACUCCAACCUGGGAGGUGGUUUCGAUGAACAACACAUUAGUGAAACUGCAUUUGAAGGAAAGUCGGGUUCGGGGUCGCUGCUUUCCUCCUCGGAAUCCGAUGGCUGGGCUGGACGUCCCAACCUUCCCUGGAGUACUGUCAACACAUCCGCCCUGCCCAUGGGCCAGAACCGCAACAUGACAGCCUCUCCAAUUCAGACCCGUGCCAAUGAUCGGAGCGCUCCGGCAUUGAACGAUGCGGCUGACUCCUCCUACUUCGCUUUGCCUCGCACUACUGGAAUCGGUACCUCCGCUGGCACAGCCAGUCACCGUCCUUACUUCAAUGGAUCUGAGGGGGUUUCUCCGUCCGGAGAUGGCAUGUCCUUCGGUGGUUUCCCUGCCCUCCGCAACGGUGAUGGUCGACGACAGGUGAGCUCCACCGGUCUGGGCACUAGCCCUGUGGGAAAGAACUUCCCCGUCAAGUCUGGGUUCAACGGAUCUCUCGAUGGUUCGCGACCGGAAGACAUGGCUGCGAUGGGCAUCUCAUCCCUGGCGUCUGGCAUUCCUGAGGGCAUGUCCCCUCCCCAGACUCGCAACACCCUCUCUCACAUGUCCCACAACUCGGCUUCCUAUUCUCAACGACCCGUUCACUCCGCCCACCCCUCCUACUACUCUGACAACCACAGCAUCGACAGCCGUUAUGGCAACAAUUCGAUGGAUCUCAGCGCGGGCCUCAACAAGAUGCAACUAGACAACGGAUUCUCUGCUCUCUCCCCGCGCGGCAAGUUCCAGAACAACGACGACGCCAGCUACCAGGCCCUUUCUGGCUAUGGAGCUGAAAGUGCGCAAGAUAUGCAGCUGGCAUACCAGCCUCGUUCGCGUGGCGGUGAUACUGGUUCUAUCUCUCCGUCUGAGUACGCUCGCAUGGAAAGCCCGCUCUAUGCCGGAGUUGAUGCCCAGUACCGCAACUCUACUGGUCGCAUGUCUGACAACCAGGCUGCGGCUUUCGAGCGCAGGCUGCGAAACUUCCAAGAACAAGAAUUUGUCCAGCCCCAGCGCAUGCAGAUGCCCCAAUCCUACGACUACCAGGGCUACCAGCAAGCCCGUAUGAGCGCGCUCCAAGGCUUCUACCCUAUGGCACUUUCGGGCGGACUAGGCGCAGCUGCUCUCGUCAGUCGACCUCACCGCGAGCAUGACCCCACGCAGGUUGUCCGCAGCCCUCUCCUGGAAGAAUUCCGAGCCAACAGCAAGGGCAACAAGCGCUACGAGCUCAAGGACAUCUACAACCAUGUCGUAGAGUUCUCUGGCGAUCAGCAUGGAUCGCGCUUUAUUCAGCAAAAGCUGGAGACUGCCAACAGCGAUGAGAAGGAGCAGGUCUUCCGAGAGAUCCAGCCCAACUGCUUGCAGCUUAUGACGGACGUCUUCGGAAACUACGUCGUCCAAAAGCUCUUUGAGCACGGCAACCAGACUCAGAAGAAGAUCCUUGCAAACCAGAUGCGCGGACACGUUCUCGCUCUUUCUACUCAGAUGUAUGGAUGUCGUGUGGUUCAAAAAGCCCUCGAGCACAUCCUCACGGAUCAGCAGGCCGUCAUGGUCAAGGAAUUGGAGAAUCAUGUUCUCAAGUGUGUUCGUGACCAGAAUGGAAAUCACGUCAUCCAGAAGGCCAUCGAGCGUGUGCCCUCAGAAUAUGUCCAAUUCAUCAUCAACGCUUUCCGAGGCCAAGUCAACCGUCUCGCUGCUCACCCCUAUGGCUGCCGUGUCAUUCAACGCAUGCUAGAGCACUGCGAGGAAGUUGACCGCGAAUCCAUCCUGGGCGAACUCCAUGCUUGCACCGCCAAUCUCAUCCCCGAUCAGUUCGGCAAUUACGUGAUUCAACACGUCAUUGAGAAUGGUGAUGAGAAGGACCGUGACCGCAUGAUCGUGAUCGUCAACUCGCAGCUCCUUGCUUACUCGAAGCACAAAUUUGCCAGCAACGUUGUUGAGAAGAGCAUUGAGUUUGGCGAUGAGGGCCAGCGCAAUCACAUCAUUUCUACUCUCACUUCCUCCAACGAUCGAGGCGAGAGCCCUCUGCUCGGCCUCAUGCGUGACCAGUAUGGAAACUAUGUCAUCCAGAAGGUCCUUGGUCAACUGAAGGGCGCCGAGCGUGAGGCCCUCAUCGAGCAGAUCAAGCCUCUCUUGAGCCAGUUGAAGAAGUUCAGCUAUGGGAAGCAGAUUGUGGCAAUCGAGAAGCUUAUCUUCGAUCCCAACUCUCCCGCCACUGGUCCUCUGCAGCACCCCUCGAAGCGCACCAUGGAGCCACCUCGGGCCUUUGUCGGCGCGGCACCGCCUACUCCUCCCCCGACAGACAACCAGGGCACUGUCGACGGAUCCCUGGAGUCCAAGGAUCUUGCCAAGAGCACUGUGACCUCGGUUUCCAGUCCCGAGACCGCCAACACCGUCCCGGUCGACGUCACCAGUGCUCACUAA